AUGGAUGAUCUGCCAAUGAGCAUCUUUUUUGCUGCAGUUCGGAUAGCUCAAAUUAUUCCACCAAUUCAAAUAGUUAUUGGAACGAUAGGAAAUGUUUUUAAUAUUAUUCUUUUCACUCGUCCUAGUUUGCGUAUUAAUCCAUGUUCAAUGUAUUUUCUAGUCGGUUCAAUUAAUAAUUUUGUGUUUAUUUAUCUUUUUUUAUUGACUGAUUAUCUUUCCAAUGUUUGGAACGUGAAUAUACCCCAAAAUACUCAACUCUUGUGUAAAUUAAUCAGUAUUAUUCGCUAUAUCUUAUUCUCUCUUCGCUUAUGGUUUCCAGUUCUUGCUAGUAUCGAUAGAUUUCUAUCGAGUUCAUCAAAAGUAGAAUAUCGUCGGUUAAGUAGUUUAUCAACAGGAAAACGAGCAAUCGUAGGUAUUUAUAUAUUUUUUCUUCUCCUUCAUGCUCAUAUACCCAUAUUUUUCGAACAAGUUCCUUACUUUGAUGAUUAUAUUUGUGGUAUAUCGUCCUAUGAAUAUUAUAUAUUCUAUAACGUUUUUGAACCUUUUAUGGCGUGUAUUUUACCAAUUGUUUUGAUGUGUAUUUUCGGUAUGUUGAUCAUACGAAAUGUCCGAAGUACUCGUAAUCGUGUUGUUCCAUAUGGUAACAAUGUAAAAAAUGAACGUCUGCGUUCUAAUGAUCGUCAUAUGAUACGAAUGUUACUAUUUCAAAUAUUCAUUACUAUUUUAAUUUCAAUUCCAUAUGUAGCUACUACCACAUACUAUACAUUAACUAUAAUUAUAUUUGGACAUGACUUUACACCAUUAGAAUUGAUGAUUUAUCGAUUAACUAGUAUCAUAACGAGAUAUCUUUACGAUACUAGUCUUAUUACUGGAUUUUACAUUUACACAUUGGCAAGUGGAAAAUUUCGUAGUGAACUCAAAUCUUGUCUUCUUAAAGGACUCAAUGUCGUACUCAUUAAAUUACAGUUAUACAAAAAUUCGUAUCAAUAA